CAUGAUCUCUGCUCUCAGGAGUGGCCGAUUAAAAUCUUUCACCUUUGGUCGAAGACAGGCGCUUUCACUGAUCUCAGGAUAAAUGCUGGAUUACAGACAGUAAAUAACCCUUCGAAGGCGCUCAAUUAUCAAUGAAUAUCUCCAAUUAUAGCCUUCCAGUUCGAGUGCUUUAGCCACUGUUUACUUGUGAGGCCAAUAAUAGACGGCUUGCUCCUAUAGUUCAAGUCCUCGAAAAAUAAUCUUUCGACUGUUUAUAUUUUUUAUCCCAAUUUUCUCGUGUUCACAGAUGGACAGAGAGAGUUUUUCACCGAGUGAUAACAGCGUCGGUGUGGUUUAUGGUUUAAAUGAAGCCUAUCUCGACGUCCAGGGGCAGCGCAGGCCGAAGCAGAAGCGCUCAGUUUGGGGGAAACUGAAGGAGGAGCGCUGGUGCUCAUGGCCGAGGCUGAGGAUGUGUGUUCUGUCUGCGGCUCCACUGCUGUCGUGGCUGCCACGGUACUCGAUUAGGAGAGACGCGAUCGGAGAUCUGAUCUCGGGCAUCAGUGUUGGGAUCAUGCAUUUACCGCAAGGGAUGGCCAAUGCUCUGCUGACUGCCGUUCCUCCUGUGUUUGGACUGUAUUCAUCUUUCUACCCUGUUCUUGUCUACUUUGUGUUUGGUACAUCAAAGCACAUCUCUGUGGGCACUUUCGCCAUCAUGUCCGUAAUGGUGGGCACAGUCACAGCUGAUGUGCUUCUGCCUGGCAGUGGAGCAGAGGAUCAAGAUGCUGAUAGUGCUCGAGUGGCUCUUGCGUCUCAGCUGACCGUCCUGUGUGGAUUAAUCCAGAUAGUGCUGUAUGUGUUGCGCUGUGGAGGAGUGUGUCGAUGGUUGUCCAAGCCACUAGUCAGUGGAUACACCACAGCCGCCGCUGUCCAUGUGGCCAUUAACCAGCUACCUUUACUGAUGGGCAUCUCCAUCCAGAGACACAGAGGUCUGCUGACCGUCCUCUGGAUGUUUUCCAGCAUCGUGUCUGGGAUCAGGAAAGUUUUACCUGCAACACUGGUGGUCUCCUUCAUCUCACUGGUGGUACUUGUUGGUGGAAAGAUGGUGAAUUCACGCUGGAGCACUCGAUUCCCUGUUCCAUGGGAGCUGGUGCUGAUUAUUUUUGCCACUCUGUCAUCAGUGCAGUUGGAUUUGUCAAGUCAAUAUGGAAUACAGAUCAUUGGACCCAUACCAACUGGUCUGUCACCUCCCUCUCUUCCAUCAUUUUCCUUCUCUCAGGAGCUGGUAUUAACAGCUUUUGCUCUAGCGGUGGUUGGCUAUGGUUUCCAAGCUUCCCUAGGCAUGAUGUUUGCUCAUAAACAUGGAUAUCCCUUUCACAGCAAUCAGGAGCUGUUGGCGAUGGGUCUGUGUAACUCUAUUGGAGGGGUGUUCCAGUGUUUUCCAGUUAGUGGAUCCAUAUCACGCAGCACAGUGCAGGAAAGCACAGGAGGAAGAACUCAGGUGUCUUCUCUUGUGUCUUCACUGGUAAUUCUGUUGAUUUUGCUGAAAUUUGGCCCAUUUUUUCAGCAGCUACCAAAGACAGUUUUGGCUGUCAUUAUUUUAGUGAAUCUCCAAGGGGUUUUUGUACAAGUGAAAGAAGUGCCCAAGCUUUGGAAAACAGACCGCUUGGACUUGGUAGUGUGGGUAGUCACGCUGCUCAGUGCCCUGGUGUUUAACCUGGACCUGGGGCUUGGCAUUGCAAUUGUGUUCUCUCUCCUGACCAUCGUCUUCAGGAUACAGAAGCCAAGGUCUGCGAUUCUUGGGCAUAUUGCUGCCACAGACUGUUACAGAGAUCUGGAUAAGUAUGCAAAGGCAAUCCAGGUACCUGGAGUAACAGUGUUCUCCUGUUUUAACCCACUUUACUAUGCCAAUGCAGACCAGACCUUCACAUCACUUAAACAGGCAGUCACCAAAGGCAUUAAGGAGAAUCCAGAAAUGCGUCCUCCGAACCAGCAGGGGGCUUCAAGUGCCCAACACGGUGUGAUUCUGGAGCUCAGCGGUGUCACCUUCAUGGACUCGGUGGCCAUGGGCUCAUUGAAAUCAGUGCUGCAGGACUUUGAGAACAAGAAGAUUUUGUUUUUCUGUGCUGCAUCUUCAGAUGGUUUACUGUCUCAGAUGAAGAGUCAUGGUUUAGUUCCAGAUCUUCUGUCUCUUUCUUCAUUUUUCCCAUCAGUGCAUCAUGCAGUCUUGCAUUAUCAAGGGCUACAGAACAUUGGCACAGAAGUUACAGAGUUGUGACCUUUAACGACCUCUUCCUUUAAUGAAUGAUGGCAAACACAUGAAUCUACAAGAACCCUCAUCAUGGUGAUAUGCAGCAUCAUGGUGAUAUGACCAUGAUUAGACAAUCUUUUACUAUAAAAUAUAAAGUGUCCUCAAAACAUUGUUUACUUCAUAUCUGUGCAUCUGUUAUGUAACAUUAUCAUUUAUUAUUGUCAUGUUAAGUUUGGUUAAGGUAAAAAUCAUUUAUGUACAAAACAACAUGGAAACCACAAGGAGUUCACCUGAGGGCCUUCAAACGGAACUAGCUCAUUGCAGUUCAGUUAAUAUAAUAUGAUUUUUUCCCCAUUUUCUGUUUAAUGGAGAGAUUUUUUCAGCACAUUUCUAAAAAUAAUAGUUUUAAUUACUCAUUUCUAAUAACUGAUUUAUUUUAUCUUUGCCAUGAUGACAGUAAAUAAUAUUUGACUAGACAUUUUUCAAGACACUUCUAUACAGCUUAAAGUGACAUCUAAAGGCUUAACUAAGUUAACUAGGUUAACUAGGCAGGUUAGGGUAAUUAGGCAAGUUAUUGUAUAACGAUGGUUUGUUCUGUAGUCUAUCAAAAAUAUAUAUAUAGCUUAAGGGGGCUAAUAAUUUUGACCUUAAAAUAGUUUGAAAAAAAAUUAAAACUGCCUUUAUUCUAGCCAAAUAAGACUUUCUCCAGAAGAAAAAAUAUUAUCAGACAUACUGUGAAAAUUUCCUUGCUCUGUUACACAUCAUUCAGGAAAUAUUUAAAUA